AUGUCUCCAUGCAGCAAAAUCCACGGCAUUGUACGGCUCCGCCAAAUGUUAAAGCGGUGGAGAAAGAAGGCAGCCGACGCCACCUCCCGUCGUAUACCCUCCGACGUUCCGGCGGGUCACGUGGCAGUCAAUGUUGGCGCCAGUUGUAAACGAUUUGUAGUCCGCGCGACGUACCUGAACCACCCCCUUUUCAAGAAACUUUUGGUUCGGGCCGAGGAAGAGUACGGGUUCACCAACACGGGCCCGUUGGCCAUUCCUUGUGAUGAGUCACUGUUCGAAGAAAUUCUCCGUUACUUGGCCGGUAAGAACGACUCAGCCCAAUUUAUGAGUUUUGAGGAUUUUCAGAGAUACUGCCACGUAGGAAUUCGGAAUAAUCUUGAACUUUGGGCUGAGUCACGGCCGCUUCUGCAUGGAGUUUCCGAUUGGUAA